GAGACUUGCGUCAGUCGGAGCGGAGGCGGAGGGCGGCGGCAGAAUACCGCAUUGAAGCGGCCAGCGGAGGACAAGUUUGACCAUUAGAGACCCGCCGUUUUGUUGUGGCUGAUGGGCGGACUGCGGGACUUUUUCUUUUCAUUAUAGGGUUGAAGGUUGAAGAGCAGAGACUCACGAUCGUCAAACGACUACACCCUCACAAUGCGCCAGCAGACAAAGGGACCGCGAUCUCGUCGACAAACAGUCCCGUCUCGCCCGCCUCAGCAGUUCCAGGCUCAGGAGGCGGAGGAGACCAAAGCCGAGCCAGAGGGCCUGGAUGCGAUUGCGGAAAUUCAUAAUGAGCUAGACUUCAUCGAAUGGUAUAACGAAGUGGAGGACAGUUUGCUGGAAACUAGCUACGAUGAGUACCAGUAAGUGCUGUUGCGGGCGCACGCUAGGCAAAGGAGCCAGGCUGACCAUUAUGGGGAUUAGAGCGUGUCUUCAUGAAUUACAGAUGUCCAAAUCCCACCUCGACUCCCUCUUGACCGACACCUCCUCUACCCUCGACGUUCUCAGCAGUCUGUCCCAGGACUUCCAGGCGGUGGAAUUGCAGACCUCUAAAUUUCAGAAACAAUGCGAAGGUCUCUUAUCUGCUCAAAAACGGGACUCGGAAUUGGCGUUAGACAUCCAGGAGAACCUCCAGUAUUACGAGUUCCUAGACCCUGCGUCCAGAAGGCUCAAUGCGCCGGGUGCGGGCAACACUGUUCGCGGGCAGGACUUCUCGGAUAUGCUCAGACGGCUAGACGAGUGCUUGGACUAUAUGGAGACGCAUCCGGAUCAAAAGGAAUCCAGUGUAUAUCGGUCUAGGUACAGGCUACUUCUGACCCGUGCUCUGACCCUCAUCCGAGGACACUUUGUUGCCGCCCUGCGUGACGUGUACCUAAGCGCUUCCAAGAAGAUCGCGGACAAGCAACUCAAUGACACAACGAUGUCCGCCCUACUCUACGCCAAAUUCAGGGUUGGGGCACCAGAACUGAAGCAAAUUGGUCUUGAAAUCCAAAAGAGAGCCGUCCCUCCUUUGGACCCUGACCAAGGGACGGAAGCUGAAUACCAGAGUCUUCUUAACGAACUUCAUGCCAACUAUGCUGCCACGCGUGGCAAACUCAUCAUUCCGCUGGUGCACAAGAACCUCAAUGAUAUCGCGCAGGCCCCGAGCACUUCAAAGGACCUUGUCGCUUUCGCCCGCGGAAGUAUCAGCUACGUGCGCGGCGUGUGCUUGGACGAAUUUGAUCUGUGGGGAGAAUGGUUCCAUGGCCAGGGCGGCUUAUACGAUUUUCUGGAGACGCUAUCCGAACCUCUCUACGAUCACCUCCGACCCAAGAUCAUUCACGAAGACAAGAUCAUCCGACUCUGCCAACUCUGCACUCUACUCCAGACCCGCUAUCUGUUCGAUCAGGAGGAAGAAACAGAGCACACAGAUGUCAACCAACUCGAUUUCUCCUCUCUGAUUCAGCCUGCGCUGGAGGAUGUUCAAACGCGCCUCGUCUUCCGAGCGCAGGCUUUCCUUCGCGAUGAAAUCGAACGGUACAAACCCCGGCCGGAAGAUCUCGAUUACCCAGCUCGCAACCGACCGGUCUCAAUCACAGUCACUGAAGGCCAGAUCUCGGGCCGGAAGGUUGCGCCUGCAGAUGCCUUGGUGAACCUAUCCGCUCCAGGCAAGCAAGCCGAAGACGGUACCGACGCGCCCCCGGAUCAAGACUCCAAGUGGGAUUUUGAAUCGCAAACCGCCUUGAGUGGCUGGUAUCCAACCCUGCGUAAGGCCAUAUGGCUUUUGAGCCGGAUAUACCGACUAGUCAAUUCCACCGUCUUCGAUGACCUAGCACACCAAAUCGUCCACCAAACCAUCCUAUCCCUCCACUACGCGAGCUCCCUCAUGUCCAGCAAAUCUGCCACAGACAGCCAACUCUUCCUCAUGAGCCACCUUCUCAUCCUCAAACAGCAAAUCGUCGCCUUCGACAUUGAAUAUGUCGCCCCAGAGGUCUCCUUCGACUUCUCCGGCAUGACCAAUACCUUCUGGGAGCUGCGCGAACGCGGCGGUCUCUUCAACCCGCGCAACCUGAUGCGACUCGUCGGGCACGGCCUCCUCCCGCGGGUCGUCGAGAACAUGCUCGACGCCAAGGUCGAGCUGGACGGACGUCUCCGCACCGUCAUCAACGACUUCAUCGACGGCUUCGCCACGAAAAUGACCGCCUCCCUCCCCGCCCAAUUCAUCGACACACGGAACCUCCAGCGCGGUGAACUCAUCUUCCCCACCUGCCGCACCAUCGAGUCCGAGGUCCCCGCCCUCCGCAAGUGCCUGGUCGACUACCUCGACGACACGCGCAUGCGGGAGACUCUCGUCGGCGCGGUCCAGGACCGCGUCAUCCAGAUCUACGAGGAUUUCUUCGACAAGUACAUCUCCACAGAGAAGAGCAAGGGGCACGCGGUCAGUACGCGGAAGGGUAAAGGGCGCGAGGACGCCGUCUGGGACGUCGAUACGUUUUCAGAGUGGUGCGAGGGUAUCUUCCGAGUUGGCGUGGCGAUGGCAUCACCGGAGGAAGAUGGAGACGAUGCCACGACGAGUCGAAGCCUCAGUGUGAGUGGCUCGACUAGUCUGGCGUCUCAUCGUCGGUGAUAGGACAGGCCAUGAUCAUCGAGAUCCUUUGCAGAUACAGACAUGAAUACCCUUUUGUUUACGAAGGCUCGUACAUUGUAUAUAGCAAGCGAAGCAUAUUGCAUAAGAAACAUACUUUCACCGUCCUAAUACCUAACCCGCUUAGACAAAUGAAGAAAGAUAAAUAGCACGGGCUUGAGACCUGUCUCAUCUGUAUGCAACCAUCGUCCCAGUUAGACACCGCCACCCAGACCGCCCAAC